UCAGUUGUCAAUCACAUUUGUCUAUACGUUUUUUUUUUUAUCAAACGUUAAAAUCAUUAAAUCAUACAACAUAAAUAUUUUUAUACAAUUAUUAUUUUGUACAGCAUUAUAUUUGGUUUUUGAUAAAUCUUCGUGACAAGUUAAAUAAAUAAUGGAAGAAAAAAACAGUAAAUUCAUUUAAAUAAAUGCAAAAGGAAAAAUUACAAGUGUUUUGGUUGGUUUCGUAUCAAAACAUUACGGGAACAGUUUCGACCCAAGUUCUUAAGUAGCAACAGGAAUAUAUGCAACGAAGAACUGGUGAAUUGUUUCUUCAUUUUGAAAACACUCGUGGCAUAGUCGAAUAAACAUCGUCCAAAAUGAGCGUCGCCUUAAAUCCCAUUCAAGCACGGCGAGUCAACGGCACACUGCGAAGACCUGACAUGUUCUACGUUUAUGAUGAUGGAACUGAAUCAGAUAAGAGCUCUGACAAAAUAUUGACUGCUGACUGCGCCGACAAUAGCACGCAGACCAAGGAAAACCCAAGGCAACGCUUAACAAUACCAAAAUGUUUAAUAACGCCGCGACGAAAACUAAAAAGAGGAAAAUUGAAAUUAAUGGACUGGAAAAAAUACCACAGACUGAGCGUAAUAUACGCAUUCAUAGAAGAACUAGAAAGGGACUAUCCAGCAAUAUGUACUGUGUCUGUGAUUGGAAAAUCUGUUGAAGGGAGGGAUAUUAAGAUGUUGAAAAUAUCCAAUAGCAACGCAGAUAACUCCGGAGUAUGGCUGGAUGCCUGCAUACAUUCUCGAGAAUGGAUUACUGUUGCAGUCAUUACCUACAUAGCUGAUAUGAUUGUCAAAAACUUUCAUACGCUUUCUUCUGCUGUGACUAGUAAAGAUUGGCAUAUUAUACCAGUUCUAAAUCCAGAUGGUUACGAAUACACGCACACACAUGAACGAAUGUGGAGAAAAAAUCGAGCGAGAUAUGGAGGAGAAUGUGUGGGUGUGGAUCUCAAUAGAAAUUUUAGCUACGGUUGGGGCCAACUCACCGGGGAAGACGGCUCAUCAGAUGAACCAAACCAUAUCUUCUAUAGAGGUCCUACGCCAUUUUCUGAACCAGAAACUAUUGCAGUAAGGGAUACAAUACUGGCAUCAAUAACACCUUUCAAGGUGUUCAUCUCCUUUCAUAGCUACUACGAGCUGAUCAUCUUCCCGUGGGGCAACAGACAGGAUCCGUGUCCCGACUACCUGCACCUGCUGGAAGGUGGCGCCGUCAUGGCAAGGGCAAUACAUGAAACGUCCGGAAAGACUUAUAAAGUCGGAAACACAAAGGACCUCACUUACUACGCAUGUGGGACCAGUAUCGACUGGAGCUAUUCGAUAGCGAAGAUACCAUACUCCUACAUGCUAGAGCUUAGAAGUAAGCAACACAGGUUUAGACUGCCGAAAGACCAAAUAAUAGAGAACUGCAAAGAAAUUUGGAAUGCCGUCAAGAAUUUGAUGGACUACGUUGAUGAACAUUGAAGUAACGAACGUCUUCACCAAUACAGUGUGCUGUUAAUAUAUAAUUUGGUGCAGUUGCUGUUACGUGAACAAAAACUGCCGCCAGUAAUGUAAGCGUCUAAAUAAAAAGCGAUAUACACGUAUCA